AGAACAAGCCGUCCGCUGGGGUGGACUGUCCACGGUGGACUCCCGUGGACUCCACGAAGCACGUGACGAGUCCAAACAAAGGCGAUAAGAUUACAGCCUUUUACGGCGCAAGGUAGCCUCAAGACCCGGGACCGCGCCGUACACAAAUGCAACGAGCUCUAACAACGUGCCAGGGGCAUCGGUGGAGGCUCGCAAAGAAUGGUCGUGCAGGGAGGGAAGGUGGUUGUAGUCAGCAGGGUCAACAAACCAGGACGACCGGACGGAGACGAACGCGACGGAGACGGCCCCAGCGCCGCUCGCGCGCAUGCCCAAUGCGCAUGAGCGCGGUGAAGACGACUCCGAUGCGCGCGUGCGCAAGCGACACAAGCCCGCCAGCGCAAACUCACCAGGUAUGCGCCUCACGACUCAACGAGCCUCAACAUGCCGCGCGCGGACCCGCUAGCAAGAGCCGGUUGCUUGUGGAUGGGAUAUAUCACGCGCAGACGCAUUCGGGUACGGCGAGGGCCAGCUCGCUGCAUACCGACACGGCAUGCCCAAGACCCAACUCAGCGAACAGGACCGCGAUGAACGUCUGCCAGGCACGCUGCCAUCUACAUCGACCCCGCUCACUCGUAUGCUCGGGCACUUGGGCACCCACCUGCUUUCGCUCACCCGCUCACCCGCCCACUCAUCCACUCGGCCACUUGCCAGCCCACGCGACCACCUGCCAGCCCACGCGACCGUGACAAACCGGCGAGGUCAAUGAACCCCUCGCGUCAUGCGUGCGCUGGCGGAUGUCCAUCCGCCUCCGCCAUACAGGCGCUCGCCAUGUGCCCGCCGUGCGCAAACACGCCCACAAGCCUGGUCUGUCGCGCCAACAAC